UGUGCUCAGUUUCCUUAAAAGGACGAGACUUGCAUGACAAGGUCUUGGUUGAGGUUUGUUUUGGAUUAUUUGGGGGGCCUAACGGUUUCACUCAAGACAUCAAGACGGUGACGUUUAGAUGGGAUUAUAGGAGGGAGGGGAGAUUUUACUAGUGGAGUACUCUUGAAGCCUUUGAGAGUAAAAGCAUAGAAAUGGUACUUGUGCUUCAAUGCUCUCUUCUUCUUCUUCCUCCUCCUCCUCCUCCUCGAAAUGUCUCUCCCUGCAGGGGAAUGCCUGGUAAAAUCAUGAUGAAUUGCUGUUUGGAGCAAUCGAUCAGCGGCAGCAAGCAACUGUCCCGUCAUGUUUUAUCCGGGUUUGCCGCAACAUUAGUGUUUAUCUCUCAAAUAAAUCAGGCGGUUGCAUCAGAUGUUUCCCAUCAAAGAAAUAUAUAUGAGUCUGCAAAUGCUACGGAGGAGACAGUUACUCUUCCGCUUGAUAAGGGAUCCGAUGAAGGAGAUGAGAGGCUAAUGAUGAUGAGAGGCAUGACAGCAAAUAACUUUGACCCUGUUAGAUAUUCUGGAAGGUGGUUUGAAGUUGCUUCGCUUAAACGUGGAUUUGCUGGGCAAGGUCAGGAAGACUGCCACUGCACCCAGGGUGUGUAUACAUUUGACUUGGCGAAACGGGCCAUCCAGGUUGAUACCUUCUGUGUUCACGGGAGCCCUGAUGGAUAUAUCACUGGAAUACGGGGAAAUGUUCAAUGCCUUUCGGACCAAGAUUUGGAGAAAAAAGAAACAGAUCUAGAAAAGCAGGAGAUGAUCAAAGAGAAGUGUUUCCUCCGUUUUCCAUCAUUGCCAUUCAUCCCUAAGCUGCCAUAUGAUGUGAUUGCAACUGAUUAUGACAAUUACGCUCUAGUUUCGGGAGCGAAGGACACUGGUUUUAUACAGAUUUACUCGAGAACGCCUAAUCCCGGUCCUGAGUUCAUAGAGAAGUACAAAUCUUACUUGGCCAACUUCGGAUACAACCCAAGCAAAAUCACGGACACACCACAAGACUGUGAGCAAAUGACGGACACGCGGUUAUCUGCAAUGAUGUCAAUGCCCGGGAUGCAACAGGCCUUAACAAAUGAAUUUCCUGAUCUCGAACUGAAGAAAUCUGUUCAAUUUGACCCCUUUACGAGCGUAUUCGACACUCUGAAGAAGCUUGUUCAGCUCUAUUUUAAAUAGUCCUGAGCUGGUUAGUUUUUGCUCUUCUUGUUGGUUAUGUUCUUACUAAUCUGUCAAAAGAGAGAUUUAAGUUGAUGUGCACGUUUUGUUACUUUGAUGUAAAUCUACAUGAACUAUGACUAUGAUUA